CUACUGCAGCAAAGCGGGCCGGUCUGGGCUUGGCAGGGCUGGCAGGGGAAGGGUUAACCCCGUGUGCCUGUCUAUAUGUUAAUAAGGGAGCGGGUAAUAGGAGGAGGCCGGCUUUGGCUGGAGCCGCCGAGCGGGGAAGCGAUGCGCUUGGUGCCAGUCUAGAGCCGAAGGCAGGCAGGAUCACACAGACACACAUACACACAGAGGAGGGAGACUCUACAGACCCAGAGCCCUGGCAGAAGAAGGCGUGUGUGCUUCGUCGGGAGCCCGAUCACCGCAGGCCAUGCCCGCCUAAGGGAAGCGCGGAUGCCAGGCGGAGGGCACUCAGACCCUCUCUUCUCUCCCCCAGGGCUGGGCUCAGGCGAGGCGGCAGCGAGGAGAGACAGACCCACGUUCGGAAUACAGACCGAUGCCCAGCGGGAUGCCAAGGCAAGCGGGCUCCUUGUGGAUUACUGCUCCCUGAUUCCCAGGAGGAGGAAAAGGAGGAGGAGGAGGAGGAGGAGGUGUGGGCAAGGAAGCUGGGUGCCCCCCAAAGCAAGAGGCGAGGCUGGCUCCUCAGCUCGGAACCAUGUGAGGAACAGUGCUGCAGUGGGAGAUACACACAGGAGUUCUGAGGUUCACACUCCCUUUCCCUUCACACUCUGCCACAGGAUGGAACAGAGAAAGUUCUGCUGGCCUCUAUGGGACUCCGAUGGCGGGCCAGUGGCCUGGGUGCUUCUUCUUUUUUUCUUUUCACAGAAUGCGACCAGCACUCAUUAUAAUACCUUCCACUCUGAGAACCGCGACUGGACUUUCAACCACUUGACUGUCCAUCAGGCCACUGGAGUCAUGUGGGAGCCAAAUCGGGUUUAUAAACUGUCUGGAAACUUGACCAUAUUAGUAGCUCACAAGACAGGACCUGAGGAAGACAACAAGUCUUGUUAUCCACCGCUCAUUGUUCAACCCUACGAGAUCUUGACUCUAACUAACAACGUCAAGCUGCUGAUUAUUGAUUACUAGCUCGAAAAUAGGCGGUUGGCAUGUGGCAGCCUCCAAGGAGUCUGCAAGCUGCUGAGAUUGGAUGACCUCUUCAUCCUGGAACCUUCACAUAAGAAGGAGCAUCUUUCCAGUGUUAACAAGACUGGCACUAUGUAUGUUAUAGUUCGAUCUGAGGGGGAAGAGGAAAGCUUUCAUAGUACUACUGCAGUGGAUGGCAAGCAGGAUUACUUCCCCACUCUCUCCAGCAGGAAACUGCCACGUGAUCCAGAGUCAUCAGCCAUGUUGGGAUUAGUAACUCCACGCGACUUUGUUUCAUCCCUCAUCAAUCCUUCAGACACACUGGCCUUGGUCUCUCACUUUGAUAUCUUUAUAAUCUAUGGAUUUGCACGUGGCAUUUUGUGUACUUUUCUGACUGUUCAGCCAGAGCAACCUGAGGGAGUAUCUAUCAAUGCAGCCAGUGACAUAUUCUAUUCAACAUCCCGAAUUGUGCGUCUGUGCAAGGAUGACCCCAAUGUUCACUCCUAUGUUCUCCUGCCUUUUGGAUGUGUCAAAGUGAUGUGGAAUACUGCGACUCCUCCAGGCAGCCUAUCUUCCAAACCAGGAGAGGUAUUGGGCUCGAUCCUCAAUAUUACAGUCCAGGAUGAUGUCGCUUUUUGCCAUUUUCUCAAGGGGCAAAAGCAGUAUCAUCAGCCACCUGAUGACUCAGCUCGUGCAUGUUCCAUCCGUGCUAUCAAUGCCCAAAUUAAGGAUCGCCUACAAUCUUGCUACCAGGGUGAGGGCAACCUGGAACUCAACUGGGCUGCUAGGGAAAGAGUUCAAUGUACCAGGCGACUGCUCCCAAUAGAUGAUAACUUCUGUGGGUUGGAUAUUAACCAGCCACUGGGAGGUUCUGUACCAGUAGAAGGGGUCACCCUUUACACAUCCAGCCGUGAUCGGAUGACUGCUGUCACUUCUUAUGUCUACAAUGGCUACAAUGUGGUGUUUGUUGGUACCAAGAGUGGCAAACUGAAGAAGAUUCGAGCAGAUGGACCUCCUCAUGGUGGUAUUCAAUAUGAAAUGAUUCCAAUUUUCAAGGAUGGGAGUCCUAUUCUUCGUGACAUGGCUUUCUCUACAGAUCAUAAUUACCUCUAUGUCAUGUCAGAAAGACAGGUAUCCCAGGUUCCCAUUGAGUCAUGUGAACAGUAUACAACUUGUGGAGAAUGUCUAAGCUCAGGAGACCCUCACUGUGGUUGGUGUGCUCUCCAUCACACGUGUUCCCGGAGGGACAAGUGUGAGAGAGCAGAUGAACCAUUCCGAUUUGCAGCCAGCAUCAGCCAGUGCAUGAGUAUCAUCGUUCAACCCAGCAGCAUCCCAGUUUCUGAGCACAGCCUUUCGCUCAGCUUGUUGGUGAAUGAUGCACCUGACCUGUCAACUGGUAUCACUUGUGUAUUUGGAAACCUCACUGAAGUGGAAGGCCAGGUUUUGGGCAACCAGAUUGUAUGUAUUUCACCAGCAUCUAAGGAUGUCCCUGCUAUACCUGUGGACCAGGACUGGUUUGGCAUAGAAUUGCUGCUGAAAUCUAGAGAAACAGGCAAGAUGUUUGUCAGCACAGAAUUCAAGUUCUACAACUGCAGUGCCCACCAACUAUGCCUCUCUUGUGUAAACAGCGCUUUUCGUUGCCACUGGUGUAAAUAUCGGAACCUCUGCACUCAUGAUCCCACAACAUGCUCCUUUCAGGAGGGACGGAUCAAUGUUUCUGAGGACUGUCCACAGCUUUUCCCCACAGAAGAGAUUUUGAUCCCUGUUGGUGAGGUGAAACCCAUUACACUGAAAGCUAGAAAUUUACCUCAGCCUCAAUCUGGCCAGCGUGGCUAUGAGUGUGUCCUCAACAUCCAAGGAGUGAUUCAUCGUGUACCUGCUCUUCGUUUCAACAGCUCAAGUGUCCAGUGCCAGAACAGCUCGUAUCUCUAUGAUGGAAUGGACAUAAGUAACUUACCAGUAGAUUUUGCUGUGGUAUGGAAUGGGAACUUCAUUAUCGACAACCCAGAAGAUUUGAAAGUUCAUCUGUACAAAUGUGCAGCCCAGCGAGAAAGCUGUGGGUUGUGCCUGAAAGCAGAUCAGAAAUUUGAGUGUGGCUGGUGCACUGGAGAAGGAAAAUGCACUUUGCGUCAGCACUGUCCUUCACCUGUUGGUGGCUGGGGAAGAUGGCUUGACUGGUCAAGCAGGAAUGUCAAAUGCUCCAACCCACGUAUCACUGAGAUCUUAACUGUCUCAGGCCCACCAGAAGGAGGAACACGUGUGACAAUUCGUGGAAUUAACCUGGGACUGGAUUUCUCUGAGAUAGCCCAUAAUGUGCAGGUGGCUGGGGUGGAAUGCACUCCACUGGAGGACCAGUACAUAAUUGCUGAGCAGAUUGUGUGUGAGAUGGGCCAGGCUGAGCCUGAUAUCACUUCCGGUCCUGCACUCCUCUGCAUUGGAGAAUGCAAGCCAGAAUUUGUGGCCAAGUCUGCACAGCAUUACACAUUUGUGAAUCCUGCGGUGAGCUCUCUGAGUCCCAGCCGUGGGCCAGAGUCAGGAGGGACUAUGGUGACCAUCACUGGCCAUUUUCUGGGAGCUGGCAGCAGUGUGUCGGUGUUGCUGGGUAACCAGACCUGCGAGUUUUAUGGGAGGUCUAUCAAUGAAAUUGUAUGUGUCUCUGCACCAUCAACCCAUGGUCUAGGCCCUGUGCAUGUCUCUGUCAGUGUGGACCGUGCUCAGUUAGAGCGCAUGCUGCAGUUUGAAUACAUCGAUGACCCCAGAGUUCAACGUAUUGAGCCUGAGUGGAGCAUAGCCAGUGGCCACACACCUCUGACUAUCACAGGGUCGAACCUGGAUGUCAUACAAGAACCCAGGAUACGAGUGAAGUACAAUGGCAAGGAAUCUGUCAAUGUCUGUAAAGUUGUGAACGCAACCACCUUGACUUGCCUGGCUCCCUCUCUCACACCAGAAUACCGACCUGGCUUGGAUGCUGUUGAACGACCUGAUGAGUUUGGCUUCAUCUUUAAUAAUGUUCAGUCCUUGCUGAUUUAUAAUGACACCAAGUUUAUCUAUUAUCCAAACCCAACCUUUGAGCUUCUCAGUGCUAGUGGUAUCUUGGAUCAGAAACCAGGCUCACCCAUUAUCCUGAAGGGUAAAAAUCUGUGCCCUCCUGCCUCUGGUGGAGCAAAGCUGAAUUACACUGUUCUGAUCGGAGAAACUCCUUGUGCUGUCACCGUCUCUGAGACCCAGCUGCUGUGUGAGCCUCCAAACCUCACCGGGCAACACAAAGUACUGGUGCAUGUGGGUGGCAUUGUCUUCUCACCUGGCUCAGUAAAUGUGAUCUCAGAUAGCCUGUUGACCUUGCCAGCUAUUGUCAGCAUUGCAGCAGGAGGUAGCCUUCUUCUCAUCAUAGUCAUCAUUGUCCUCAUUGCCUACAAGCGCAAGUCUCGUGAAAAUGACCUCACCCUCAAGAGGCUACAGAUGCAGAUGGACAACUUGGAGUCUCGAGUGGCCCUUGAAUGCAAGGAAGCUUUUGCAGAACUCCAGACAGACAUCAAUGAGUUAACCAGUGACCUGGAUCGCUCUGGGAUCCCAUACCUUGAUUAUCGCACAUAUGCAAUGAGGGUCCUCUUUCCUGGCAUUGAAGAUCACCCUGUCCUACGUGAACUAGAGGUCCAAGGGAAUGGACAGCAGAAUGUUGAAAAGGCCCUGAAACUCUUUGCCCAGCUGAUAAACAACAAGGUCUUUCUGCUGACAUUCAUCCGUACCCUUGAGAUGCAGCGAAGUUUCUCCAUGCGUGAUCGGGGCAAUGUGGCUUCUCUCAUUAUGACAGGUCUUCAAGGCAAGCUGGAAUACGCCACUGAUGUUCUGAAGCAGCUGUUGUCAGAUCUGAUUGAAAAGAACCUGGAAAAUAAAAAUCACCCCAAACUCCUUUUGCGCAGAUGGCUGCUUGAAGAGUAGCAUAUAGAGAAGUUGACACCAGUGGCCCAUGAAUUUGGAACUUUAGCUGUU